UAAACGGGUAAAUGGCCCCGCACUAUCAGUUCGCAUCACAGUGGAUGGUCAUUUUCCUAUCAGUGUUGACUUCUCAGUAAUGGAAGAAGGAUAUACACCCUUCCCAUCAAACAUACAAUGGCCUCGUCGAAAUACAAAAUGGCCCUCUCCAGCAAAAGCAGACGACAUACGCAGGAUGGGAGUGCAGACAGUUGCGAAAAAGAACUUCGACUGGGCGAUUUCCUUCGUGAAAGCAGAAAAGAAACUGAUAGAAAACAUUGACAGUGACGGUGGAUGUCGUAAGAAGUCCCACCGCAUUAUGAAGAAACUUAAUGAAGAUGUGUGGUGUGAUACGACCAGGCGUGUUAUCACAUCCUACUGUCUGAAGAAUAUCUUAUUCUGGGAGUGUGAAGACAGCCCUUCCAGUGAAGACUGGUCAGUUGACAAACUAAGUGUCCGCGUUACCAGCAUGAUAGAACGAGUGAAAAAGGCAGCACAAGCUCGCCGUCUAACUAUGUACUUUAACCCUGCAGUCAACCUUCUUCAGGACAAAGACUGCAGAGAACUGGACAUAGCGGUCAAGAAAAUCAGCGACUUCAUGCUCCGUCCACAAAGUUUUUUUGAAAAGCUAUGAACACUUUUUAUGUCACAAUUGUUUAAACACCUUUGGUGGUGCGGGAAUUUGUGCGAUUGGA